AUGCCCAGUGUGCUGGGUGCAACGCAGGAAGAUGUCGAGACCAUUGAAAUCGGCCCCAUUCGCCUGGUCACCGGUAUCAUGCUCUUCCGUGAUGUCAGUACUGUGGCGGAGAACGUCAAGCGCUGGAGCCUUGACAACUUGGACAGAAGCCUCUUCGUGCUUCAGCACCUCCUAUUGAUGUUGCAGGUGAACCUCCUGAUCGACAUCUGCUCCCUGCUGGAGACCGGCAGUGAGGGUGCCAUGCGCUACUUGACGGAGCUUGUGUGGAUGCCCUCGAACCACAUGGACGCCUUAGGAGCCUCGCUGCGCCAAGCCACCAAAGCAGUCAGUGUGAAGGCCCAGUCCGCGCUGAAGUGGAAAGUUGCAACUCCCCCGGGGGGGGGGGGCGUCGGAGCGGUUGGACAUCGCCGGCGGGUCCGGGAAGUGCGAUCGGAGCUGCUGGCGUGCGAAUUCUCCGCCAGGGGAGACUGUAACUUUCGUGCGGGGCGCGAGUCCUUCAACGCCUGCGAGAAGAUGAGCUGCACCACCGAGGGGCAUGUGCGAUGUGCAGCCUACGAUGAAGAGUGCUGCAGCAACAACUACAUGGCGGCCAAGGAUGUAACGAAGCCUUUUCCUUCCGGCCUUGGCAUCUCGGGGUUUUGCAGCCCGGCACUGAUGGUCUCCUUUGUGAAUCAAUACGUGAUUCCCACUUUGACAGAAACGUUUGUGGAGUCUGCGAAAGUCCUCUGGCCCAUCCAGGGUGUGGCCAUGGGAGACGCAGAGGAGCACGACUACGCAGAGGAGCAGCCAUCUUAUCAAGAGGAGCCCUAUCAAGCUCCGAGCGAUGGGCACACGAGAUUGCUGCAGAAGUUUGUGGGCAUGGGCCCCGGCCGGGUGUCGAGCUUCCAGGGUGGACAGGUGGGAAAGGCAAGCGUGCCCUUGGAGAGAUGCAAGGCGAUGUGCAUGGAGACCGGUCUUUGCCGCAGCUUGGUCUACUGCCCUGGGACCUCCUCCUGCAACUUGCAGGAUUUCUUCCUCUCUGGCAAGGAGACCACCAUGGCCUCUGAGAACCAGUGUGAGAGCUUUUAUUUCCUCAAUCACCACGACAGCCUGUAUGAAUAUGAGGAAGAGGAUCUGGAGGUUAUGGCCGGUUGCGAUGGAAACGCUUGUGAGCGCGGCCAUUGGCUGCUGACCCCCGGUUGGAGGCCAAUGUACUUCCUCGCGGAGAGCCGCGGCAACCGAUCGACUACCAGGAGCAACCGCCCCUGGAACGACCCAGGAGAGAGAGGCUUCUUUGCAGCUACCCUGAGUUUGCGACAGGGGAAAAAGGCGAAGAGCUACCACGCCAUGAAUCAGUGUAAGCUCCUUUGUAGGUUGCAAGGCGUUCGCUACAAGGGGUACCGAAGCCCUGAGGUUAGAGUCAAAGUUUGCGCAGUGAACACGAAGCUCUUCACAACUGCCGACCUGCACAAUGCCGCCAAGCAGGUCAAACAAGACCUCCUUCAGCAGAUGGCACACAUGCAGACCCAGGCUGUCAGCAGCACCCCGCCACAGAACACUGAGCCUCCUUGUACACGCGCUUGCUCCGUUGAAGUGUCCCAUGCAGGGUCGCUUCCUGCUCUGGAGACCGAUGGCAGCCCCACACAGGGCCUCACGGACCGCGCAUCGCUGCUUGCGGAAAGCGAGCCCAAGAUCGCUGCGCUUGACGCCUUCAACAUCCCCCAGGCGAUCGUAAGACGUUUCGGAGUAGGGGCCGCCGCGCUGAUAAGCGUGGUCGUGGCCUCCUUGAUCUUCUUGGGAUCCAAGAAGAGACCUUCGAGUUCGUCGCAAAGCGUCCUUGUGCUCCUUUGCGGGGCGGUUCUGUUCAUGGCGGUGCCUUCUGAAGGCACUGCCACCGCCGUUUAUGUGACGGACGGUGCGGGCGCAGCUGUAUUGGAUGAUGGACGGCUGGUGACCUGGGGCGAUGCAGGCUAUGGAGGCGACUCCUCGUCCGUGGCAUCUCAACUGACAAAUGUUCAAGAGGUGGUCACCACUUCAAGGGCAUUUGGGGCCCUGAAAAGCGAUGGCAGCGUCGUUGUGUGGGGUGAUUCCGGCUAUGCUGGCGACGCAAGCUCACUCGCUGCACCACUGUCAAGCGGCGUGAGCAAGAUUGUGUCUGGUUUCUUCGCCAUGGCCGCGCUAAAGUCUGAUGGUAGUGUCGUUGCCUGGGGCAAUUCCCAUUUUGGUGGUGACACCAGCUCUGUUGCUGCCCAGCUAACCUCGGGCUGCGUGGGUUUGUACUCGAACAAGCACGCCUUCGUAGUGCUGAAGAGCGACGGAUCAGCGGUAACCUGGGGUAGCGGUGCCGGAUUGACAUCACCAGAAGACGUCACAUCGCUCAUCGACUCCACGGUAACUGAGAUCUUAGGAUCUCAUCAUGCCUUUGCUGCAUUGCGGGCCGAUGGAAGAGUGGUCACCUGGGGCGACGUCAAUACAGGGGGCGACUCCAGGAUGCUUUCUUCACAGCUGUCCUCUGGUGUGACCAGCCUUCAUGGAGGUUCCAUGCAGUUUGCCGCCUUGAAGUCCGAUGGCACAGCAUUGGUGUGGGGCAUGGGGCCUGGGCAGAGUACUUGGGGCGAAGCCUUCUCGUCAGCCAAGAGCUUUGCUUUCUCCCAUACAGCCGUGGCCAUAGUGUUCACGGAUGGCACAGUGGCCUCCCGCGGAAAUACCAAUGAUCAGUAUGGCGCGGAUUCGAGCGCGGUCUCAGCACAGUUGACGGAUGUGGAUCGCAUCUAUGGCGGCUGGCAUGCCAGUGCCUUCAUCGCAGUCAAAAGCAAUGGAGAUGCAGUUGUAUGGGGGCAUCCUACGCGUGGUGGGGAUGCAUCCGGAGUGGAUCUCUGUUGCGUCCAAGCAGGCUUUGGUGGCUUCGAUGCCACGGCAAUACUCAAAACGGACGGCAGCGUAGUGGCCUUCGGAGAAUCGGCCAACGGUGGAAACACCCAGCAUCCGAACUCCGCAACCGACGUGACCUCGGGGGUGACGACCAUUGCUAUUCCGCCUCGAGAUGGCGAGCUUAGAUGGCCUGGUGCCGACAAGUACGGCAACUUCAUCCACAAGCAGCACCGUCUGCUCCCUGGUGGCUCGAAAGUGGUGAUCAACACCAAUGCCUUUGCCUCGUUGGGAACGGACGGCAGCGUCACCACGUGGGGCAAUACCGGCAGGGGUGGGGACUCCUCUUCGGUGGCUGCCAGUUUGGCCUCUGACGUGGUGUUCCUUGCCGGCAGUGAAAGUGCCUUUGCGGCCGCGAAGGCGGAUGGCAGCGUUGUGACCUGGGGCGACACCAACAACGGGGGGGAUCAGGGCACCGCCUCCUCGCAGCUGAGCGGCGUGGUGAGCUUGGCCUCCACCUUGUCCGGCUUCGCUGCGCUGAAGGCAGAUGGCUCUGUGGUUUCCUGGGGUCGCACACUCUACUUCCCAAGUGGCCCUGAGACCUUCUCCGACGUGGUCAGCAUCACCACCAGCAUCCAUUCGUUUGCGGCCAUAAAGACGGAUGGGAGCGUGGUGGCCUGGGGUGGUCCAUCAGAAGGUGGCUCGAUAUCCGCUGUGGCCGCAGACUUGACCUCCGGUGUCAAGUCCAUUGUGUCCAGCAGCCAUGUCAUGGUGGCCGUGAAAGAUGAUGGGAGCGUCGUUGCCUGGGGGACCGGCUUUCGAGGCGCCGACAUCCCCGCGGCCGUGUCCUCCUCCCUCGCCAGCGGCGUGGACUACGUCGUCGCACCACCGGUUUACGAUGGCAGGGCUUUCGCCGCGAUCAAGUUCGACGGCACCGCAGUGAUGUGGGGCAACUUUGACGGCAUCGGGAGCUUUGGCUACACUUACAACAACGUGAGGUCUGUGACCCUAACCUCGGGAGCCGGUGCCGUGCUGUACCAGGAUGGCACAGUGGACGCAGUCGGCCCAAGCAAUAUGGGCGGCGACGCCAGCGCUGUCUCCGGCCAGCUUACCGGAGUUACGGCCAUCUACCGAACGGCGCGAGCCUUCGCUGCGGUGAAAUCAGAUGGCAGCGUCGUUGCCUGGGGCGCCAGUGGCUACGGUGGCUCCAGCGAUUUCAGCUCUGUCGCAGCGAAUGCGGCAUGCUGCGUGCAGGAAAUCUUCGGGGGUGCCCAAGGCUUCGCAGCGCUGAAGGAGGAUGGAAGCGUGGUCGCAUGGGGAGGGGGCGGCGCCGGCAACAUCGGCUCUUCUUUGUCGUCUGGGGUCGAGUACAUCUUCUACUCCAAAUGGAUGGACACCCAGUUUGCGGCGGUCAGCUCCGGUGGCACAGUGACGUCCUGGAGCCAAUCUGCUCCAGCCAAUUUGGCGCUGUGGACCACCAGCACAUGGACCACCACCACAAGCAGCACCGUCACAUCCACCACCAUGACCACCACCAGUCUGCUCCCUGGUGGCUCGAAAGUGGUGAUCAACACCAAUGCCUUUGCCUCGUUGGGAACGGACGGCAGCGUCACCACGUGGGGCAAUACCGGCAGGGGUGGGGACUCCUCUUCGGUGGCUGCCAGUUUGGCCUCUGACGUGGUGUUCCUUGCCGGCAGUGAAAGUGCCUUUGCGGCUGCGAAGGCGGAUGGCAGCGUUGUGACCUGGGGCGACACCAACAACGGGGGGGAUCAGGGCACCGCCUCCUCGCAGCUGAGCGGCGUGGUGAGCUUGGCCUCCACCUUGUCCGGCUUCGCUGCGCUGAAGGCAGAUGGCUCUGUGGUUUCCUGGGGUCGCGCACUCUACUUCCCAAGUGGCCCUGAGACCUUCUCCGACGUGGUCAGCAUCACCACCAGCAUCCAUUCGUUUGCGGCCAUCAAGACGGAUGGGAGCGUGGUGGCCUGGGGUGGUCCAUCAGAAGGUGGCUCGAUAUCCGCUGCUGCGCCUGAUUUCAUUUGCAUUUCCCGCAGGUUCGCGUUCGCACGAUUUCGCACGCAAUCAAACUCUGGCAACUUGAGCAACUUGCAGCAACUUGAGGCUGUGGCCGCAGACUUGACCUCCGGUGUCAAGUCCAUUGUGUCCAGCAGCCAUGUCAUGGUGGCCGUGAAAGAUGAUGGGAGCGUCGUUGCCUGGGGGACCGGCUUUCGAGGCGCCGACAUCCCCGCGGCCGUGUCCUCCUCCCUCGCCAGCGGCGUGGACUACGUCGUCGCACCACCGGUUUACGAUGGCAGGGCUUUCGCCGCGAUCAAGUUCGACGGCACCGCAGUGAUGUGGGGCAACUUUGACGGCAUCGGGAGCUUUGGCUACACUUACAACAACGUGAGGUCUGUGACCCUAACCUCGGGAGCCGGUGCCGUGCUGUACCAGGAUGGCACAGUGGACGCAGUCGGCCCAAGCAAUAUGGGCGGCGACGCCAGCGCUGUCUCCGGCCAGCUUACCGGAGUUACGGCCAUCUACCGAACGGCGCGAGCCUUCGCUGCGGUGAAAUCAGAUGGCAGCGUCGUUGCCUGGGGCGCCAGUGGCUACGGUGGCUCCAGCGAUUUCAGCUCUGUCGCAGCGAAUGCGGCAUGCUGCGUGCAGGAAAUCUUCGGGGGUGCCCAAGGCUUCGCAGCGCUGAAGGAGGAUGGAAGCGUGGUCGCAUGGGGAGGGGGCGGCGCCGGCAACAUCGGCUCUUCUUUGUCGUCUGGGGUCGAGUACAUCUUCUACUCCAAAUGGAUGGACACCCAGUUUGCGGCGGUCAGCUCCAGUGGCACAGUACCCAAGAUGCAAAUCUCCGUCAGGCAAAGCUCUGUGUUGAAAACAUUGCUUUCGCACCUUAAAGGUCUGCUCCCUGGUGGCUCGAAAGUGGUGAUCAACACCAAUGCCUUUGCCUCGUUGGGAACGGACGGCAGCGUCACCACGUGGGGCAAUACCGGCAGGGGUGGGGACUCCUCUUCGGUGGCUGCCAGUUUGGCCUCUGACGUGGUGUUCCUUGCCGGCAGUGAAAGUGCCUUUGCGGCCGCGAAGGCGGAUGGCAGCGUUGUGACCUGGGGCGACACCAACAACGGGGGGGAUCAGGGCACCGCCUCCUCGCAGCUGAGCGGCGUGGUGAGCUUGGCCUCCACCUUGUCCGGCUUCGCUGCGCUGAAGGCAGAUGGCUCUGUGGUUUCCUGGGGUCGCACACUCUACUUCCCAAGUGGCCCUGAGACCUUCUCCGACGUGGUCAGCAUCACCACCAGCAUCCAUUCGUUUGCGGCCAUAAAGACGGAUGGGAGCGUGGUGGCCUGGGGUGGUCCAUCAGAAGGUGGCUCGAUAUCCGCUGUGGCCGCAGACUUGACCUCCGGUGUCAAGUCCAUUGUGUCCAGCAGCCAUGUCAUGGUGGCCGUGAAAGAUGAUGGGAGCGUCGUUGCCUGGGGGACCGGCUUUCGAGGCGCCGACAUCCCCGCGGCCGUGUCCUCCUCCCUCGCCAGCGGCGUGGACUACGUCGUCGCACCACCGGUUUACGAUGGCAGGGCUUUCGCCGCGAUCAAGUUCGACGGCACCGCAGUGAUGUGGGGCAACUUUGACGGCAUCGGGAGCUUUGGCUACACUUACAACAACGUGAGGUCUGUGACCCUAACCUCGGGAGCCGGUGCCGUGCUGUACCAGGAUGGCACAGUGGACGCAGUCGGCCCAAGCAAUAUGGGCGGCGACGCCAGCGCUGUCUCCGGCCAGCUUACCGGAGUUACGGCCAUCUACCGAACGGCGCGAGCCUUCGCUGCGGUGAAAUCAGAUGGCAGCGUCGUUGCCUGGGGCGCCAGUGGCUACGGUGGCUCCAGCGAUUUCAGCUCUGUCGCAGCGAAUGCGGCAUGCUGCGUGCAGGAAAUCUUCGGGGGUGCCCAAGGCUUCGCAGCGCUGAAGGAGGAUGGAAGCGUGGUCGCAUGGGGAGGGGGCGGCGCCGGCAACAUCGGCUCUUCUUUGUCGUCCGGGGUCGAGUACAUCUUCUACUCCAAAUGGAUGGACACCCAGUUUGCGGCGGUCAGCUCCGGUGACGUCCUGGAGCCAAUCUGCUCCAGCCAAUCUGGCGCUGUGGACCACCACUACGAUGUCGAGCACGAGCACCUCCACGACCUCGACGACCACGGUCACCAGAACCAGAUCGACCACGACCAGCAUCACCGCAACCACCUCCACGACUUCAACAGCAACCGGAACGACUUCGACCAGCUCGGGUCGCACUGCAGUGACGUGACCAUUUAUGUCGGAGAUGGUAUUGCUGUUGCGUUGUACACAAGCGGCUACGCCGCAGCCUGGGGCACUUGGUACGGGAACAUCGAUAGCUACCUUGAGUCAGGGGUCCAGAGCAUCGUCAUGGGAGCCAAGUCCUUUGCGGCAGUCAAAGCAGACGGCACAGUGGCCACCACCGGGCAAUACUACUUCAGUCAGAGUGCCCUGGAGGCUGGCUUGGGCAACUUGGGUGUCACCAAGGUGGUUGGAAGCAGAUGGGCCUUCGCUGCUCUGAAGACCGAUGGAAGCGUGCACUCGUGGGGGUUUGCCGAUGAGAGCGAUACCUCCUCAGUAGAUAUCUCGUCCAACAUCGUUGAUGUUGUGCCCAACAGUGCUGGCUUUGCUGCGAUCAAGGAUGAUGGAACCAUCCUAACUUGGGGCAGAAGCGGCAGCCACGACCCAGGAUCCACGGACUUGUCGAAUGUAGUGCAGAUUGUGGGAGGAGAUUGGGCUUUUGCGGCCCUGAAAACCGAUGGCUCGGUCGUAACUUGGGGUGCUGGAAGGGGCGGCGACUCCAGUUCCGUAGCCUCCGAACUUGCAUCGGGCGUCCUGUCCAUUCAGCCUCCAAGGGCCGAUUGGUCACAGCAGGGCUUUGUUGCUUGGAAGGCCGGCAACACAGCCGUGAUUUGGGGCUACAACACGGACGGCACGCACAUAGCCUUGCCUUCCCAAUCGAUCUCGGAUGUGAAGAAGGUGGAGAUCGCAUCGUUAAGUGUUGGAGUAUUGAAAAAUGAUGGGACCGUGAUUACUGCUGGCCGGGCAGAUGACUCAAGGAGCUUUGCUGAUUCAAGCAGCGUUGCGGCACAGCUCACGAAUGUCGUGGACCUCGUGUGCCCGGCGUACGCGUGCGCGGCGCUCAAGGUCGACGGCACGGUGGUGACUUGGGGUUACGCAGACUGGUUUGGAUCGAGAAGGCUUGCCGGCGGCUCCGGUGGACUCAAGACUGACGGGAGCGUGGUUGCUUGGGGCCGGAGCGGUUCCCAGUAUGGCACGGACUUCUCAUAUCCCCAAAGCAGCACGAGCGGCGAGGUCCAAUCGGAUGUCGUCGCGAUCUACUCUCACACUGUUGCCACUGAGGGAGGUGGAGCUUUCGUGGCCGUCAAGCAGGCGAAGAGCAUGUGCUUCGGGCCGAGGGAGGGUUUGGAGUUGCUCCGCAGAUUGCCCUGCAGCUUUGCCGUUCUCGCGGCGCAAGUCAGUCGCAGCGUCCAGGAGGUGAGUAUGCGAAAGGCACGUGCCGUCAACGACGUCUUCAAGAUGCUGAACGACAUGACGGUGGCAGAGAUCAACGGGACGAUUCCCGACGACGACCCCGACUUGCUGCUGAAGGUGGUCACCAAGGGCGCAGACGGGUCCAACAUCGGAACCUAUGCCUACAAAGUCACCGACAAGUCCGUGGAAGUGACGUUCGAGACAGUUGAGAUCGAACUGCCAGUUCCUUUUCUUCGAGCAAUGCAGCUGCACACAGACGACCCAAUCGUCCUCAGCCUAGCCAGAUUUGCCAAUGCCUCUCUUGCCUUCCAGAUGUUGGAGAACUUGGCUGAAGGCUCCGACGCCCGACUCGUCGCCGAGCCUUUGAGCAUGUCCUUUUACAACACGCAAGGGCCCAUCACGCAGAACUUCUCCGCCGAUCCCGUAAGGCUCCGCAUGGAAUUGCUCAUCGAAGUUGAUUCGGAGUGCGUCUUUUGGGACGAUACCGAGAACCACUGGUCGACCAUCGGCAUGAGCCUUCUGGAGUCUGGGAAUGGUACUGCGACGUGCUCAGUCAGGUACGACCAGUUGCCCACGCUCCCCGCCAUGGAGGAGGAUACAGAGGCUGGAGUCGAAAGUAUGCCUCCUCGGAAGCCCACACUUUUCAGCCUCGUCGCCCGCGCUUUCGGGGCGACGUUUGCUUGUUCUUUGGCCUCGCAGAUCUUCUCCGCAGAGGGUUUGGCUUCGCUGGCGGAGAGUCGGGACUGGGUGAUCCGAUGGCCUGCCAUCGCCAUGUGGGUCAGCAUUGUGGCCGCCAUCGGCCUCCUGCUCCGUGCUCGCCGGGCCGACAAGGAGUACGAGGAGAGGCUUCAGAAGCUUCUCCAGAAGGACACCGCGCGCAAGAUGCUCGUGCAGCAAGCAAAGGCGGAGUUCGUGCUGUUCGCAAAGUUGCGACAGUUGAUGAAGCUCCGUGGCGAGCUCCAAUCUUUGGGCGCGAGGCGAGUGGCUUCGGAAAGCGUGCAUUGGAGCCUGGUUCAAGCUCACUUAGGCGUCGAUUAUGACUUCCUCCACUCCCUCUACCAAGUCAGUGGCCAGACAGCGCUUCACCGAGAAGCCAGAAGCCUCCUGGAGCGGUUCCAUGCGUCAGGCAUCUUCCGGCAACUCCUUUACUUGUACACCACCUACUGCCAGUGGUCCCGUGUGCUGGAGCCAGCCUUGCGAGUCACCUGCGCAGAGCGCGGCGCCGUCACGAUCUGCAAGUUUUACAGCGGACUUGCUGUCGCGGCUGCGUUCUACAACCAGGGUGCCGCAGCGGGCGGACAAGAAGGAUGUGAACUCCUCGAAACGGACCACAGAGCAAGAAUCGUCCGCAGCGCGAUCAUCGCCUGGGUCUCGGGCGUCAUCGGUCUACUUCCAUUCCUGGUCUUGAUGCCACUCUUCGAGAAGAUCCGCGGCCAGUUGCUGCAGAGUCACCACAUCAUCUUCUGGACAUUCAUCGCCGUCUACUUCUUGCUCUGCAUCCUCACUGUUUGCAUUUUCCAUUCCAUCGUCAGCUACGACGCUGCCCUCGAUUGGAUGAUCUCCGCAUUGUGGACUGUAUCUUCGAACAUGUUAAUGACUCCCAUCGCGACUGCCAGCGCAGUGCUGCUGAUCCUCAAUGCCACCGCCAUUGACCUGGAUGAACACCUUCCUUUCGAGCCUUUGGAUGACAUCCGCUACAAGGUCUCAUUGAAGAAGAUGGCAGUCUCAGGCAGCACGCUCCUCAGACAGCUUCAAGGUUACAAGUCAUCCGAAAUCUUUGCGCGCUGGGAGAUUGCGGGCCACCCAGGAAACCGCCACAAUUUCCAACAAUCUUCAACAUGGCGAGACCAGCAAGGGGUCAAUCACCCUGGACGGCGUGAUGCCGCAGCAUGCAAUUCUGGCGUCGGUGUACAUCCGGCACAAUUCCCGCUCGGUGCGCCUGCUGGGCAACGCCGUGCUUCCCGGAGAGUCCUUCAUCGAAAACGGCUUCCAGGGCACCCUUCCACUCUUCCGCCAGGGGCAGAAGUUAAAGGAUGCCUUUGUCAGCAUCUCCAUCGAGCAGCCGAGUUUGAGCCGACUGGAGAACUUGCCCAAAAGGGGCCGCGGCAGCAUCCGCAUGAGCGUCUCAGGGAGCAAUGCCAUCAACGCCAUGCUCCCUCACAAGAUGUCCGCAGAAGAGAAGGAGGAGUUGGAGCUGGCAGGCAUCUCCUUCGAGCAGGAUGA